UUUUUUUUCCCUUGUAAGAUACUUCUUGUGUCUGUACUACUGGAGCAUCCAACCAUUCUCUGCCCUUCUGCCUCUGUGGGAGAGGAAACGGCCCUUGAACUCCUGUCAGUCUUCUCUCACACACCACAGAAAUCCAUCGUACUCAAGUGCAAUGUCAUGCUGGCCAUCACCAAUGUGAUAGUAUGCACAUCCUGCCUGGCUACCCACACAAAGACGGCUGAAGACUGGCUUGACCUGCUAUUUCAGACGAUCCAGGACACCAAUGACUACAGAUGUGGUCUAUCCCAGCAGCCAAUAAGGGCCACCGCUUGUGAUUGCCUACGAGAAAUGGAAACCUGUAGCCCUGGUCUUCUUUCUCAAAAGUUAGAGGCCCUGUAUCUUCUAAAACAGCAAGAAACCACAGUUCUGCAUCAGUCCUACUGUUUGCUUUAUACACUCGGGCUGAAGAACGCCAUAAGGAUCUUGACGAACCAAAAAGAUGUUACUGACCUAGAGUUUAAGAGUAUCUUUGGAGGAAAUGAAGGGUUUGCAUGGAAAAGCAAUCAGUUAGAAUUGACCGCAUUGCCUAUAAACAUGCUGGUGCAAGUCCCACGUUUGACACAAGGACUGGAUUGUAAAGAACUCAAAUCUAUAAUGUCUUCGCUCUUGGAGGAGUCUUACCUGCUAACGCCUAUUUCCCAGUCUGCCCUACUUAGGGAGCUUGUAGAAGUUGUCGCCAUGGUCCCGGGACUCUCUCCGACGCUAUUCAAAUCGCAGCUUCUGCGACUCUUCGGAACGGCAGAUGUUUCACUCAUGCAUGCCACACUCUUUAUGAAGGACACGUUCACAGAUAGCCUUUUCACCGCAGAGGACGAGAACUUCCUGCUCAUGCGUCUUGUGGGCACAGCCCAGCAUCCGCUCCUAAGAAUUCCAGAAAAGCUCUUCUACAUGGAAUGCAUCCUGCACUUCCCUGAGAACCGUCCCAUAUCCAGCAGCGGAGAAGAGUGUUUACCCGUUCUGGUUACGCCACGUCUGGCAGCGUCUCUUCAUCCAACAGUUUUCAAUGAUAGUGCAACUAUGCUCUGCAGGCUAAACCUUCUUUGUUUGGUGCACCUUGAAGCCAAUGAGGGCGAAGCGGACAAAGGAAUCGGCUUCCUGUUUGAUCACUUAUUGGCCCUUUUGAAAAUCGUAGACAAUGACGGUAGCAGAGAAGUGGUGGUGACCUCUUUCAGAGCGUUGUUUAUUUUUCUCAUGCACUUCAAUGGCAUGGAAGAACUCUCUGAGAAGCUGAUUGACAAAUUAUGCGACAUGUAUUCCAGACAUUCGCGACUCGCUCCAAAUUUGAUUGGCCUCGCGGAUCGCAUCCAGGAGCAUCUGGAUGACCCAGUCUGGUCAGUCAAGUUGCUAAGAGAGCUUCAGAAAUGCAUUAUGGAAAUGCCUCCAUUGCAGUUGACGAUUCAUAAUUUGAGUUGGCACUUGAAAGUCUUAAAAAGAGUGGCUAAAGAGGGUCAGAUUACCCAGAGAAACACCAUUUACCUUCUUCUCAAUGUCCUCAUCAACUCCAACUUGUGUGAAAGAGGCAACUGGCAGGUUGGAAACGCAGUUCUCGCUGUUUGUCGCAAUCUUUUGGAGCACCCCUCCAUCGAUCAAGUGUUUAUCGAGUUGGCUGAUCUUUUGCAAUACAUAUCAAUACAAUAUGACGAUACAGACAUUAAGGAUCACGCUCGCUUCUACUACACAUUGCUAACCAACCUUUCGUGGGAAAAGCUUACGGGGGUUCUCGCCAAAGAACUUGAUGGAGGACGUGCCAAAGAGCGGUCACAUUCUGCAAUUAUGGCCGAGAGCGAGGGGAUCGCCAGUAAUCUGACUGUGCACAAAACAAACCGGCAUGUUUUACAACUCAUCAAGGUACAAGAAAAAGCCACACAAAGCUCUUUAGAGCCAGUGGAGGCAACAGAAGAGGUUAGGAAUUGGUUGGAGGUUUAUCAAGGACAGUUUCAGACACCUGGAUUUGGCUCUGAGGUCACUUUAAGGUACAAUCUGACUCAUGCAAAAGAAACCGAUCUUUUAUUCGAUAAAGUCUUCACAAUCUGUCUGCAUUUCGAACUGAAAGACUCAAACUACGCAACGGUAAGUGACAUACACGUACCAUGUGUGUUCAGAGAUGGAAAGCCACCUGAGGUCAAAGUCAAGCUCAAGCCCUUUCAACCCUACCCUACUAGUUUAUGCGUCAGUGCCAUGUUUACCACGCAAGACGGACGCUCUUGGCACAGCCGACUGCCUGAUGUGAGCGUUUCAUUCCCUGAGAUAUUCCUUCCUCUGCCUUUACCUCCAAACUCAUCCUGUGAAUGCAAGGAACAAGUGUUCGAACACAUCUGGGAGGCCACAGCCUCUGGGAAUCCUGACAAAUCUGCCAUUAGUCUGUUCUGCUUUAAAUCUGAAGAUGAAAGUCUUGCUGAUCUGAUCAAGACACAUUUUCAAGGUUACCUUAUUACAGAUCAGCAAAGCAAAAGAUCAUGGAAAGUCUUGUUCUUUCUUCCACCCAAGUGCCAUAUCCUUUUGAAGAUUACACAGACUGAGGAUGCCGCUCGGGUCAGCAUUGCAACUGACAACUGGGAGCUGUUACCUUUUGUGAACUCUUACCUCCAAAACAUUACUGAUAAUUGUAGCUCAACAGUAACAGAUGGCUAAAUGGGUGUCUUGCAGGUGUUCAUUUACAUAGGUAAUUUUAACCAAUUCAUUUUUAUUAAUUCCUUUUUUGAUAUAACACCAUUAAUUUUUGUAUAGAAAAUCUCAGACUAACAUGUUUAAUUAUAUAUAUGAUGAGCACAUAUGUUAUGCUGUUUCAUGUAGAGCAGUGGUUCCCAAUCCUGGUCCUGGAGAACCCCCAACA